CUCGGCGCAAAACGCCGGAAAACGUAACGUGUUUUAUCGAUUUCGUCGUACGUGGGUCGGCCAUGUUCGCGUUUGCCAUCGGUCAGGCGCACUCGCGUCCUACCUACCUCCUCUGUAGAAGAGCCGUGCCACGGAUAGAUUUUCCACCGUUCUACCAUCGUCGUGGAUGUCGCAAGGGCGUUCGACGACAAAGACGAAGACGAGGUGGAUGAGAACGAUGCGUCUCUAAACGCGAAAUAACAUUUGUGCGAGUUAUCAAUCUUCUCCAAUACCAUCGUUUAUAGUUUUUUCCUUCUUUCUCUGUCCGUCUAUUUCUCUAUCCAUCUAUCUCGGUCUGUCUACGUCGAGAGAGAAUACAACGACGAAGUAUCCACUACUACGAUCUUUUCUUUUAACGUCAUUUGUUCUUCUAUCGGACGGCGGCACAACGACGGGGUGGAUCCUUGGGCUGGUGGAGAUAACGCACUAAAUAAAAAAUCACGUUUGAUAAGGAAUAUUAAAUUACUUUUGAAUCGUCUAGAAAAUGCCACCUGUUAAAAGAGAAGCACCAUCAGAACCGGCGCCUGCAGCAGCUACCUCAGAAAAUGUGGAAACGCAAGAGGAAACGUCGAACCUUCCGCAAUUGACGUUGAAGGCGAUGACGAGUACCGAGGAAGCGGUAAGAAGCGAGACAGAAUCGGAAGUCACGACGGAAAGUACGAUGAAAAAUUUAAAGGAUCAACUCGGAACGUUAUCGAAAGAUUUGGCCGAAGAAAUGGGAAUACCAACGUGGGGCUUGGUCGCGAUUUUAAUAGCCGUCGGCGUAGUCGUUCUUGGAAUUUGUUUCUGCUGUAUAAGAAGAUGCUGUCGCAAGAGACGUUCCAAGGACGGCAAAAAGGGCCUAAAAGGAGCGGUAGAUCUAAAAUCAGUCCAGUUACUUGGAAGUACGUAUAAGGAUAAGGUACAGCCGGAUAUGGAAGAACUCACGGAUAAUGCGGAAGAGCCCGACGAGGCUGAAAGCAAGCAGAGCGAAGUCAAACUCGGAAAGCUUCAAUACAAGCUCGAGUAUGACUUCAAUUCAAACAGUUUGGCAGUGACGGUGAUACAGGCCGAAGAAUUGCCAGCUUUAGAUAUGGGCGGCACUUCGGAUCCUUACGUAAAGGUAUACUUGUUGCCCGAUAAGAAAAAGAAAUUCGAAACGAAGGUCCACAGAAAGACGCUGAGCCCAGUCUUCGAGGAGACGUUCGUUUUUAAGAAUGUACCGUACGCGGAGGCCAUGAACAAGACUCUGGUAUUCGCGAUUUUUGACUUUGAUAGAUUCUCGAAGCACGAUCAAAUCGGUGAAGUGAAGGUACCGUUGUGUCAGGUCGAUCUCGCACAGACCAUCGAGGAAUGGCGAGAAUUGCAGAGCGUCGAAGGAGAGGGUGGACAGGAUAACAAAUUGGGUGAUAUCUGUUUCUCCCUGAGAUAUGUACCAACGGCUGGUAAACUCACGGUGGUCAUCCUCGAAGCUAAGAAUUUAAAGAAAAUGGACGUUGGUGGCCUCUCGGAUCCUUAUGUCAAGAUUGCGCUCAUGCAAAAUGGCAAGAGGCUCAAGAAGAAAAAAACAUCCAUAAAGAAGUGCACUCUUAAUCCCUAUUACAACGAAUCGUUCACUUUUGAAGUUCCCUUCGAGCAGAUCCAAAAAGUGCAAUUGGUCGUAACAGUAGUGGACUAUGAUCGCAUUGGUACUUCGGAACCGAUCGGCAAGGUCGUAUUGGGAUACAACGCGAGUGGAACGGAAUUGAGACAUUGGUCGGAUAUGUUGGCAUCUCCGAGGCGUCCAAUUGCCCAAUGGCAUACCCUCAAGGAUCCCGAGGAUGGAGAUAAGAAGGAUUAAAUUGAUUAAAAGAAUAUCCAAUCGAGGUAACGUCCCUCCUCUGCUACACCUAACCAAAAACAUACCAAAACUUUCUAUAAGAUGGGCUCAAGAGAUAUAGACGGCGCCUACACGCAUACCACAUCCACAUUAUAAUUUCUUUCGAAACGAGAUCCGAGAAAGCGUUCGAGAGAAGCGAGAACUCUGAGUGUCGAGAGAAUUCGUUGGCAAUAACUGAUCGUUUCUUUGCAGGAAUAUAUCGCACGAGAGAGACAGAAUAAAAGGAAACAAAAAUGUGUGAGAGUGUGAGAGAGAGAGAGAGAGAGAGAGAGAGAGAAAAUUAUGCAGAAGAAAAUAACAUGAUUAAAAGAAAGAGAGAGAAAGAUAGGAAGUAAGAAAAAAAUACUUAGCAGAUAUUAAACGAUCUAUGAUUAAACUAAAUAACAAUAAAUACCACCAAGGAUUUAGAAUUAACAAUAUGUUCUCAUGGAGUGUAGUGUCUUGUAUAUAUACAUGCAUACAUACAUACAUAUAUCUACUAUUACUUCUCUCCGUAGUUGUAACACAUUUGAAUAAUAAUUUCCCGAAUGAACACGCGUUCUCUAUUCAACUACGAGAAGCAUUUUGAAAAAGGAAAGGAAAAGCACACGCAACAUGUAUGUGUAUAUAUGUGUGAUGUGUGUGUAUGCUACAUAUAUAUAUAUCCGCACACACAUACAUUCAUUCAUACAUACAUACAUAUACAGACGUAUAUAUUUAUCCAGUUAUCCCGAAUAGAAUUCUUUAUAAAGCUAAAAUAAGAAAGAUAAUAAGAAAAAGACUAUUCUAAGGCUCUCACGGUCCCUUUGACGUUCCAGCGCAGAUUUAAUAAGACUCUUUGUAAAGUAAUCGAUAUUGUUCGUGUUAAAUACGUUGAACUGAAUGAGAAGCACAUAAAACAACUGACAUUAUAUACACGCAUAUGUACGUACAACACGCGUGUCACGAAAGGCGUGCACGUUGGGUAACCAAUGUGUGAACAUUUCUCGGGAGAAUAUAAGUAAAUCGUAAAAUGUAAUAAAAAGAACAAAAAGAAAAAAAAGAGACAUAGCGAGCUUCGUGCGUAAUUAAGUAAAGUAAUUAAGUAAGUAAUCACAAAAUAGUUGUCUUUUUGUGUACAAAAUAACGAGAGAGAGAGAGAGAGAGAGAGAGAGAGAGAAAGAGCGAACGUGCAGAAGUGCGAACGUGCGAACGAGCGAACGAGCGAACGAGCGAAAGAGAGAGAGAGAAAGAGAUGAAUAAACAAAAUAUAGAAAAGUAAUAUUUAAAAGGAUGACAACGAAGCUUCCGUCGAUCUUUCGACGCUUUUAAUUCGCCACGUACCAUCGACGCCUAUGACAUGUGGAGAGACAAAAAAGAAAGAAUACGUAAAAAGGGUAAGAGAGAAAGCAUCGAGCGACGGCUUCCGGUUGUGGCAAAGAUUCUCGAAGAAAGAUGUUAAACACAAUGAUUCAGAAAAAAAAACGAAAGAAAGAAAAGAGAAAAAAGACGGCUAUAUCCGUCACAGAGAAGACGCGUUAUCAAAGCAGACCAGAAGUGAAAGAGCUAUGGAAGAAAAGGAAAACAUAAAUUUAGAGAGACCUGGAGAUGACAUUUUUUGCUAGGUUGUCAAGAUCGAAAGCAUGCAAGGGUUGUUUCAUGUGAAGCACUCGUGAAAAGUUUUCCCUCAUUGAAGAAAUGUCUGCUUUGAUGAAUGUCUUCCAAACUUCGUAAAGAUGAUGCGACGAAGCACAUAUAUAUGUGUGUAUAUAUAUAUACACAUAUAUACAUACACACGUAUACAUAUAUGCAUAUGUAUAUAUACACAUCGUACAUAGCAUAGUAUACGUAUAAGUAGCAACGCGCUCGCUCGUUCGCUCGCACUACGCAUACUCAUAUGUGAUAACACUUACGAUUUUCUUUCUUUCUGUAUGUCGCGUAUGAAACGAGUGAGAAAUAAUUACAGAAAAAGAAAAGAGCGUAAGUCGUUUCUAUGUUGUAUACACGUGCAACGCGAAGGUGAGCGCGCAUACGUAUACGUACAUACGAGUGUAUAUCACGUAACACAUACACAAACACACAGAGAUACAAAUACCAUAAGUUAUAUCCGCAGAUAUUGUUAUUAUUGUUUUACAAAAAACAAGAAACUAUGAACAGGCCUAUCCUAUUGUAUGUACGUGCUUGUCACACACAUUUCGCCCAAUAAAUUAUCUCGAUCGAACGCGGACUUGAAAACAAUAAAGAAGACAAAAUGGCGAAGAUAAUAAAAAAAUAAUUGAUUUAAAAAAAUUUAAAAAGGAAUCAGUGACAUGAAGAAAAAACGGAUAAUAAAGAGAAGAAACGGAAAGAGAAGGGGAGAGAGAGAGAGAGAGAGAGAGAGAGAGAGAAAUACAACCUACAUUCUACGCAUUAAACAAUAUUUUUAAAUAUUUUAUGAAUUACAAGGGUAGAACCGUAUCGCCGUGAUAUCCGUCUUAAAUGAUUGUAAUAGAAUUUUAUGGAAGAGGAGGAAAGUUGAAGGAUUGAAAAGACAGUGAAGCAAAUAAAAUAGAAAAAAGACAAGAAUUUGUCUGACGUAUGUUAUCGGAAUGUUGCAACUCCUCGACCAUCCACCAAGAAAAUUAAGACAAAACCGUCGUUUGGUUCUAUCGUUUUCCAUUCAGGACCAAUUAUCUCGCUAACGCGUUUCAGAUAAAGUACUCAUUACUAUUAUUAUGCAGCAUUGUACUUAAAUGAAAAGCAAAAAAAAAGAAUCUUUAAAGCGAGUUCGUAAGUUUAACUGUUAAAAAGCGUCGCGGUUAGGACGAUGACAUCGAUGAAACGACGACGAGAAAAAAAAUAUUAAAUCGAGCUCCUCGUCGAUUAAUUCUCGUUAAUUAGCAUCCUUCUAUCUUUUUCUUUCUCUUUCAUACGAGCGAGAAUAAGACGACGUUACGCUAAGGCAUUAUAACAAUACAAGCAGUAGACAUUUUGUUAAGACGUGGAGAAAUUACACGUACUCGUUGCAUGUUUAGAAGCUAGAUUUUGGUAAUAUUCGAAAUUAUGGUGGGUACAGUGUGCGGUAUACAUAGGUCGGAAGUUGUGGCUCACACGGCGACAGUUUAUUAUUAUCUUCAUUAUAGCCUUUUCUCCUCGUUUCGAAAAUCUCUGUCUCGACGAAAUUUCACAAUUGCGGUUUUUCCGCGUGCGUGCUUUUUAGUAAUACGUGACGUAACGUCUUUCUUGCGACAGAAAUAUUUAAUGAAGGAUAGGGAAAGAGGGAGGGAGGGAGGGAGGGAGAAAGUGAGAGAGAGAGAGAGAGAGAGAAAAGCGAUUUUAAAUAAAAGCGUACGCACCGGUUACCCCUAUAAUUUACGAUGGUGGCGUGGACACAUUAGCUAUGCAAUAAACGGCCGCCUUUCAUUCCUUUCGAAAUGAUUUCCGCGCAUUCGUAUUGCGUAUUUGCCAUGUUAUCGCAACCGAUGAUGAUGCUGGUAAUGGUUCAUCAAUGUCAUCGACCACGUCUUUUCGCGACGUUACUUCAAAUAUUUAAUUGGAGAUUAGGGUGAUGAGAAUAAAAAAUGAAAAAAGGAGGACGCGUUACAGGUGAAGUUUGUUGGUUUUGUGGUUAGUUUUCGCAAGGGAGGAAAAUUGUCCAUUUUUUACAGUAGAUCCUGUGCGUUCUUUACAUAUAAGAUAGGAGGAUGCUUGUUUCUUGUUGUAUAAUAUCUAAAUUAAACGAAUGGUGAAAAAGUGAAAAAUCUAUAAAAGCAACAAAAAAAAAGCAACUUUCCUGCGUUUUAAGGGGCCGAUGCUUGAUUUCGUCCGCAGGAUCUACUUCUCUUUUUCAACGUAGACGCUCGCAGACUUCUUCAGAUCUCCAUUUAAGAAAUUAAACAAUUAAUGAAAAAGAAAGUUAGAGAGAAAGAAAAAAGAAAGAGUACGUCUUGAAAAGUGGGAGAAAGAAAAGGAAAUAGUGAUCCUGGCGGCAAGCAUCUUUUUGAAGCGUCCCAUCUGAAAAGAGAAAUAAUAUAUAAAUAUAGAUAUAUAUCCCAGAUGCAUAUAUAUCUUCUUCGAAGUAACGUGGACUUUUAGAAGAGAUAGAAAAUGAGAAAGAAAGCAAGACAGCGAGAAAGAAGCAGUUGAAACUCGUAUACUUUAUUGUCUCGUGCAAAUGAAAUCUUUAAAAGAAAAGAAAGGAAGAGAAAGGAAGAGAAGAGAAGAGAAGAGAAGAGAAAGAAAUCCAUAAAUGAAGUCAUCGAUUGAAACGAGGAUUGUAUCGGGAACUUGUAAUCAUUCCAUUGCAUAUUAUACAUAUUAAGGUUUAGUGCGACAAUGUACUGUAAAUCCAUAGAAGUUAUUAUGUCCUUAAUUAUUAUGUAAUAAAUAUUGUUGUUAACAUAAAA